AUGGAUCUCCGAUUCGUUGGGUUCGAUUACCCAGUCCUCCAAACCCUGCAGCACAUGAUGGACACCGUGGGAGACGAGCCGGACGCGACCGCCAACAAGUCCUCGCCCUCUGCAGCCACCGCGCCGACGAGGACGUACGUGAGGGACGCCAAGGCGAUGGCGGCGACGCCGGCCGACGUGAAGGAGUACCCGAAUUCGUACGCGUUCAUAAUCGACAUGCCGGGGCUGAAGUCAGGGGACAUCAAGGUGCAGGUGGAGGACGACAACGUUUUGAUCAUCAGCGGGGAGCGGAAGCGGGAGGAGGAGAAGGAGGAAGGGGCGAAGUACGUGCGGAUGGAGAGGAGGGUCGGGAAGCUGAUGAGGAAGUUCGUCCUGCCGGAGAAUGCGAACACGGAUGGUAUCUCGGCGGUUUGCAAGGACGGGGUGCUGACGGUGACGGUGGAGAAGGUGCCGCCUCCGGAGCCCAAGAAGCCCAAGACCAUCGAGGUCAAGAUCGCGUAA